AUGUCGGCCGCUGCGCUUGUUCUCCGCGGCUGUCAGUUCGUCUUCUCCCUCAUCUCCUUCAGUAUCCUAGCAGCGGCGGAUGGCAACCUAACGGCGUUCAGCACGGGCCAGUUCCUGCUGGCGGCGGGCAUCAUCGCGUUCAUCUUCUCGUUCGUCGCCAUCGUCGCAGGCAUCGCAGCCGUCGCCAGCAGCUCGCUGAGGGACAAGCAGUCGCGCAUGUACCUCUUCUUCGCCGUUGAAAGCUUCCUCAACGUGUGUCUGCUCUUCGGGGCUGCCUGCACGGGCGCCAACGUGUUCGGCGAGUCAUGCGGCUACUUGAGCAACACCUACGACGCGUUCCUCCCAGCGACCAACACGUGCACCUACGCCAAGACCUCAGUCGCCUUUGCAUUCCUCGCCUCAUUCGCUUUCAUGGGCACACACUGGUACUAUGUAUUCGCCAUGAAUCGCGGCUAG